AUGCCGCCGCCGCCGCAACCGCAACCGCCUCCACCACCACAGGUCAAUACAACAUCCGCCUCCACCUCCACCUCCAACAGCACCACCACCAACAACAAGGAGGAACAGGACAGCGUAGACCCCAUCCGUGAUUGGCUGUCAAGCCUCAUCACCGGCCUCGAGCUCCUCCUCGAAUCCUUCCGCUCCCUCUCCACCUCAACAACAGAGUCGUCCACAAAACGAACCCUUCUCAAACUCUCCCUCCGCUGCCUCGCCCUCCACACCACCCUCUCCUUCAUCUCCUUCGCCACUUCCACCUUCCUCCCCGCCCGUUCCUCUGGAGGAGGGCCCCUGGCACACACACCGCUCUUCUUUCCAUACAUUCUUUUAUACAGAUAUCUCUUUCCGAAACGAUGGGACCAGCUCUUCACCUCCACCGUCCGGUCGUUGAAUUGCACCAACCGCUCCGAUAUUGUCGCUAAACCGUCUCCGAGAUACUUUGUCCAGCUUAAAGGCUUCUUGCGGAGGAUGGUAAAGGCACACAUCGAGCUCAAGUUGCUUAACUGGCUCGUUCAUGGUCGGACGGCGUCUGUGUUUUAUUAUCCCAGCGCAGCUCUGGCUUUGCUGGCGUCUUAUUUCUAUAUAAAGUCCAAGCAGACUGCCUUCUUUUGGAAAUUGACCCUCAUAUUGGCGUUUCUUCUUGGAUCUGGAAACAACCGUGCCGCAGGACCCGUCUGGGUCGUCCAGACAAUCUACCUCCAAGACUGGUUCCUCUACGAACUCUUACAACCUUACCUGGCACGAGUCCAAUUCAAGCCCUGGGAGGAAAAGGCCUGGCUCGAUCGGUACCAGACAGAACUCUAUGGAUUCGUCCUGGGUGCGUGGUUGAUCUGCAAGAUCCCUUGGAUCGGUGUUGCAGCUAUCCCAGCCUUGAUACCGGCCAUCGUUUUUCUUUUGACACGGUCCUGUGGAUCCAUGGAGAACACCUCUCAAGGUCGGUCAGCUGGACGAGCAGGAACAGGAACAAGAACAGGAACGGGAUCAGGAGAUUUGAUCGAAAGUCGAGCUCCCGGUGUCAAACAAGUCGCACAAGGGACCCAUCCUUCCGUUCGCGGAGACUGGGACUCCAUCAAGGUCCUCACAAUGGUCCAAUCCGAUCCCGACUAUGCCCUCCAAGCGAUUCGGGAUUUCAAACCGCAGAAUCAUGACCUCAACUGGAAGAACUCAUCCUUGCACUACUCGGUCGAUAAGGGGGUUGACUCUGCCUUGACGCAGACACAAAUCGAGGAGGAUCGGACACGUUCGCAGUCGGCGAGGGAGGCAUUGUAUCAAGAAGCUGAACGGGAGGCGCAUCGCCAGUUUCGAGGAGGCUUUCGAGGUCAUGGAGGGUUUGGUGGUCCGUCAUUACAAGGGAGAGGGUUUGGACGUGGGUCGUGGAAUAUAAGAAUGGAUCCUCGAUUCGCCAUGCACCCCCAUACCGCAGGAUCUUCGUCGUCAUCCGUGCCAGCUUCAGGAUCGGUAACAACAGAAUCGAUCUCAACACCAACAGUAUCUUCAAAACACAACAAGGACAACAAAGCCGCCACCGGUAUCUACGACUCAUUAGGAGAAGACUUGACCAGGUACAACUUUAGCGACCGCAAGACCCUCGACUCUGCGCCCUCCGCGCCCCGUGAAGAGGACCUUCUACCAUCAGAAGCAGGAGCAAGGGCAGGCGGACAAAAUUCAAUGCACCUCGACCCCACUUCCACCCAUCACACCCGCACUCGCUCUGUACCCACCUCAGACAACUCUCAGUCAGCAAGAGACAACGGCAUCUCGAUCCGGGAACAGGAAGAGACGUUCCAAGACCUAGAGCGAAUGAUCCGCGAACAGGAAGACAUGCUCCGGGAUGAAGAAAACCAGUUCCGGUCGAGAGAAAAUAGGAUUCGUGCCCAAGACAAUCAGAAGAGGGCUGCUGAGCAGAUUGGACGGGCCGGUUCUCAGACUGAUGGGGUAGGAGGAGGAGGAGGAAGUAGGGAACGAGAUGAGGAAGUGAUGGAGGAUGGCGAUGAAGCACAUGAGAAUCAGGAGGAAGAGGAGGAGGAGGAGGAGGAGGAGGAGGAGUACCAAGCUCAGGAAGAAGCAGGAGAGUACCAGGAAGAGAAUGUUGAUGAAGCAUAUCAACCUUCAGCCCGUGGAUUUGGCUUCUUGAGAGGCGGUCACAAUGGACGGGGCAUGACUGGGUUUACUCCGCGAGGGCGUGGGGGACGUGGUGGCGCUGGCGGUAGCGCAGGUAACGGCGGAAGAAAUAAGGGUGUGGAUGCAUUACGCGGUUUCAUGCGUGGAAUCGCAACGCGUGGACAUGAGCGCGGAAUCGGUCCCUGGGGCCGUGGACAUUCUCGCCGCGGCCAGAGUCAAAGCCAGCAAGGACAAGACCAGGAGCAAUGGCAAGGACGCGGACUCGACCGUCUUCGAUCCAGGUCUCAUUCAGACAACCACCACCACCACCACCACCACCACCCCGCCACCGCCAGCAGAAGUAGUAGUACCAGCGGCAGCUCUCCUACGUCCACCUCAGCACCAUCAUCAUCGAGAGGCCAGCAGGAACCAUCCGACAGCACCACGACCUCUGGGGCCCCAGACUUUUCAUACCUCUCCGAGACGAUCACCCAGGGGAUGGCCCAAUUCGAGCAGCAGCUGAACCAGCGGAUGCACGCCUGGGGAAACCAAUGGUUCCAAAAGCUUCGCGGUGCUGUCACCGACCCCGACAGUCCAGGCGUCAUCCGCUUCAAGUACGAGACUUCGUAG